GUUUUAGAAGCUGAGCCAGAAAUUUUUAGAAAUGCAGUCAAUGUUCGAAGUUUGAUACAUAAUUGUCAAUUUUGGAUGGAUGUCAAUCAAUUACGUGCAGUGUUAAGUCCAAUUAAAAAAGCAGUAAAAGAUGUUGAAUUUACAUCUACUACAAUGGCAGAUGUCUUUAUGGAAUUGGUAAAACUUGCAAUAUCAAUUAAAGAAAUUCCUACAUUAAUUAAUAAUAAUCCAUUUAAGCAAGAAUACCAUGGAAUUUUUAACAAAUGCUGGAAACAAUUUGACACUGACAUAUAUAUAUUGGCUUUUUUCCUACACCCAAAACAUUGUGCUGAUUUUUUUAAGUUUGAAAUUUAUAAAAAUACAAUUAAAACUGCAUUAACACUUUGGAAACAAUUUGGUGGUGGUGCAACUAAACCACCUUUUCAAGAAAGGUUUGUUGAAUCAGUUGAUAAUGUUCAGAAUUGGUGGAAUUUUUGUGAAUUAAGAAGAAAUGAAGAUUUCAUUCGUGUUUUAGCUUUAAAAUUAGCUGCCAUUACUCCACAUAAUGGGGCCUGUGAAUGUAUUUUUUCUAUUUUAAGUUGGUACACAGGGAAACAUAGAACCAA